AUGAUGUGACAAAGCUGAACUCUGGGCUGAUAAGCCGACUAACAUUGCAUCAUAACAUUGAUAGUGCAUGGUUUUUCAAUGGAUCUGUAUACGGACAAACCACAAGACAAGAGCGUGUCAAGUUCGACAUAUAUGACAAUAUAGACAAUGUAAUAGAAAACUUCAGAUUUGGACAGAGGACGUAGAUACAACACAUCCAGUAGAAACUAUGGUCUCAUUUGCUACACUAAAAGGGAAGAGGACGUGACGUUGGUCUAAAUACACCUGGCGCCGAUACUUAAAUGCAGAUUCCAAGCAGAUGUGCAAGUCGUGUGGACAGCUGUAGAGACUCGCGCAGAACCGAGACGCCAGGAAGAAGCUGGUCGUCGGCCAGACGAAACAACAGGCGAAGAUGAGAUUAGACGAUUGUUGCUUAGACGACCACACGUUAUUCCACGGUGCUAUACAAAACAACUGCGCAUCGACGCCGAGUUUUACUAAGAAACGAUUGGUAGAUCACGCCGGGUAUGCAUAUACUUUGAUAACAGAUGGCACUUCGAUACCAGCUAACAACAAAAACCACGCGCGAGAGAAACCUUCAGCUGGUAAACAAGGCACCUACAGUCCUGAUACAGCACCAAGCAGACAAAGAAAUGGCUGGAGGCUUCUGCGUAGUUUUGGACGUCCUUUUCAAUCAGGAGGGACCAACAACCUGCCCAGUAACUUUGUGAAACUCAUCAACUGUACAAUCAACUGGCGUAUAGCAGUGACAAGAGAUGGCCACUUGGUUGCAGUUAUGCAGGACCAGAGUGUGGAGAUAAGAUCUAGCCAUGACGACUUUGAGUCUGUAACUGGGAGAGUCAAACUGGAACCUGACAGCCAGCUCCAGUGGCGCCAACUGGCUUGGAGUGUUGAUGGAACCAUGCUGGCAUGUUCCUAUAGCAACGGAACAGUUCAGGCGUACGAUAUCGUAGGAACGCAAUUGUUUGCGAUUGCUGGCAAUGAGGUCUAUACCGGCGAUCUUAGCUAUGCCGUGGCUAGCCUGGUGUUUACACACAGAGCAAAGGAUACAGAAUGGCCGAUUCAGUUGUUAGUGGUCAACUACCAGGGAAGACUGUCCAGCUAUAAAGUACACAGGGAUAAGGGCCAGCAACUUCUGCAUGAAUUCAACUUUAGUUCACACUACCCUCUAGGAAUAAGUUGUAUGGAGUGGGAUACAACUGCAGGCCUGCUGUAUGCGGGUGGGUGUGGUCAGGAUGCAGAGGGCGUUACUACGGCAACCAGGGAGGGCUUGACAGCGUGGCGGGUCCUCUCCGACUAUCCACACUACAAACUGGUCACCGACUAUGCACAGGAUUUGAAAAAGGCCAAAAGUGAGAUGUCCUUUUCCAGACGUUUAAAACUGCCACUUCUGUCUCGUCUCCGGGCGGCCAACAGCGACGGUGUGCUGUGCAUGACAAUGUCGCCAGACAUGAAACACCUGGCAUCGCUCCAUUGGUCUGGCAAGUUGUGUGUGUGGUCGCUGCCAGGACUUCAGAUGGUGAGCAGCUGGAGCCACGAUGAUCAGCCAAAUGCCAAUGACCUGAGUCCGGAGCACACAGAGAAUCCACAGCUUCGAAAACUGAUUAAAGAUUUGGUUAGCACCCGUCAACUUAUUGAUGUCAAUUGGUGGUCAGAUAGGGCUGUGAUACUGGCGCGAGGUACCGGAGCUGUGACCGUGUGUGCAAAGGAGACACUCACCAACCUGCUAAGUAACCCAGAGUGGUUCGAACCUGCCCCACGACUCACUGGUGUGCAUAAUGGAGGAUUUCUUGGGCUAGAGGUUGAAUGCAGGUUUCCCAGGAAGCGAGUGCUGGCAUUGAAUGCUGAUGAGAAGGAUGAUGAAGAUGACAGUGAUGUGGAGGAAGGCCUCCUAUCCAGGUCAUGGGGCGUUGCCAAGCAGUGCUUACAUUACAUUACUGACAUGGAGACAUUCAAGCCACCCAAAAAGAAACCUAAGCUUGUGAAUCGUACCUACAGACUUGUGUGCCUUAAGAAAACAACACCUGAGGAGCUCUUUGCCAGAAAGCUGGAGAAUGAGGAGUAUGGUGAGGCGAAGUUGCUGGCCCAGACAUAUGGGCUGGAUGUGGACCUGGUGUACCAGCGACAGUGGAAGAAGGCCCCAGUGGAUAGGGCUUCCAUACAGGACUACCUGAGCAAGAUCAGCAAACGCUCAUGGGUGUUACAUGAGUGCAUGGAGAGACUGUCAGACCGUCUCGACGCCAUGAAAGAGCUGCUUGAGUUUGGACUGCGAGGCACUGACCUUCCUGCUCUCAUCAUGAUCGGCAGUGGAGAGGACAAGGGCAGGUUCAUUUUAUGUGACCCUGAAGAAGGUCUGUAUGAAGAUGUGGAGCUAGACGUCUUCGACCCAGAGGUGGAAAAGAAACGGGAACAAUUGAGACAGGAACGUAUCACCUCAUUGCUCAAACAGGUCAACUUUAGUAGUUUGAACCUUGAGCAGAGAGAAUUGUGUAGGGCAAGGAGAAAGCUUUUACAGUACUUGUACAGACUGAACACAUAUGAGAACAUCCUGGGAGGCGUGACUGCUGCAGAGAGAUAUGAAGCCAAGUUCUUUGAGAAGUUCAGAUCACAAAACAUGGUCCAGACAGCCAUCACAUAUGCACAGAACAGUGACUGGAAGGCUCUGGAAGUUCUCUUCACAUAUCAUGGCCGUGAACUCCUGCCACAUAGGUUAUCAAUCCUUGGCAGUUUCCCAGAGACAACAAAUCCAGCUGAGUACCAAUUAUUGCUCCCUGAAAUCAGAUCCAGGGAGGUGGUUGAGUGGGCAGUGGACACAUGGAAUCCCCCAGACUGGGUGGAGACUGACCCGUGUGACUCUGCCCUGGCACUGCCCAUAGAGGACCCUGGGGCAUUCCUGUACGAGCUCCACCCUGACACACAGAAAUACAGGGGUAACCUGAGCGGUGACAUCGUGUGUGGCUGGUAUGAGGAGAGGGCAGUCGAGAUAGAGCGCCUCUCUAGACAGGCUGACUGCGCCCUGCAGCUGAUACGACUUGCAGUGGAGAAAGGCGUUCAGGGACUAGAACGAAUACAGAAUGACUUUGUAACCAUGGAAACCCUGGUGUACAGCUGUAAUAUUGAUGACAACUUCACCUUUAGGCAACUUCAAGAAAUGUCCAACUACGAAAAACUGGAAUUGAUGAUGUCCAAGUCAACAGAUGACAUGUACAGCAAGAAUCUACGUAAAUGGCUGGUUCCAUUCCUGCGCCAGUGUGAGAGGUCCAAACCGGGAACCUACAUCGAGUUGCUCAAACACUAUGUGCUCAAAAUGGCCACCGGUGACCUUAGACGACCUCUGCAGAUAUUUGAAUCUUCCAAGACUCAUCUGCCUAGUCCUGUGAUACCCAAGCAGUCGGACCUGAUGUCCAUAGCUAUCGAGGCCAUAUACUGCUGUCAAAGAGAUGAUCAGUUGUCCCUGGCAGAAGACAUCCUGAAAUGCCUGCCCAAGAGAGGUUACGGAGCUGACACCAAAGAUAUUGAGAGACUUCACAUUGAAGUGGACAAGCUAGAAAAUCAUCUCUUUGCAGCCAAGAUUCUAGGACAGUAUGGAGUGAAGAAGCCAGUGUUUUAUGUCAGGGACUCCGAGAAAAAUGGGGAUGAAGGGGAACAGCUUAUGAUCAAGCUGACACGCCUUGUUGGAAGAAGAGAGAAGGAGGUGAGCUACAAUGAGUGGGCCCAGCUUCACUCGGAUGUCAUGGAGCUUCAGUCCAAGGUGUACCGCUGUGUCACGCAGGCUCUCUGCCACGAGAUCUUCGUGGAAGGUCUGCUGUGCUCAAACAACGCAGGCUACAUCCGACUGGCAGAGGCCCUCAUAGAGAGGUCUGAAGUCGAGUCCCACAGGCCAACGCCCCUAACCUACACGAUGCAGACCCGUAUCCCGUACCACACAGCCAUAAAACUAGUCCUUUCAGCAGCACAGGAGUACUUCAACUCGUCAGCCAACCUAUCAGAUUCUUGCAUUAAUCUUGCAAGAGCGUGUUUGAACCUGAUCCAGGACACGCCCCCAGGUAUACAGGAGGAGCUUGACCUGAUAGCAGCCCUGGCAGUCCUUGAUGACUUUGGCCUCACAGUCCUACCGCUACAAGUGAGAUUGAGCAAGGACAGACUGGCACUAGUAGAGCAGAUUGUUAUUACAAACACUUCUGCGUAUCAACACAAACAAAAGUUACUCAGACUGGGUCACCUACUGCGUGUAGGAGGGGCAGACAAGGACUCUACAGAGGGGCGUGUCUUGCACCUGGUUGCCAAGGCAGCAAUUCAACAACAUAAUUUUGAAGUUGCCCAUGAGGUGUGCAGGGAGCUGAUUGAUGCGGGGUACGGGCCCUCCUGGGAUGUGUGUGUGGACUUGGCUGAACACUCCAAUCUGCAGAACCUGCACACCAGACUGGAACUGCUGUCAUUUGGACUGACUUACUGCACAGCAGAUAUGAUUGAGCCCAUCCUGCAAGCAAAGGCUCUCUUAGAAACACAGGUCCUUUGUGAAGGGAUCGGUUCCGAGGUUGCUGAACCAAACCCUGAGACCGCAAGCCGUGUGAGCCCCUUCAGCGCUAAGGCAGCCCUGCAGCAGACGCGGCACAUCCUGUCCUCCACCAAACAGACCACCAGGGCGGUACUCUCCACUGUGACAGACUCCAAGUGGUGGCAGGGAACCGUGAGCAAACUGAAACAGCCAAUGGGAAGGCAGGUCUCAAACGACUUGACCAAUCAGAACAAGGAUUUGAAGCUGCAGUCAUGUCACCAGUUCUAUGAAGGAUUUAUUGAUCGUGCCUAUUCAAACAAUGAGGAUGCAGAUUUUCGCCACUUAGAGGAGUAUAUUGAGGAUGAUGUCAGACAUAUUGGAGAAAGUCUUCUGCGCACGGCACAACUGGAGGAGAUGUUGACAGAGGGAGAGAAGUCUCACUCUCCUGAUGAAGUGCUGGUCCAGCUUGCCAAGGACUGCCUCUGCACUGACAGCACCCUGGCCCUCGCCUACCUCCUGGCACUCCGCCAGCCGACUGACGCCGAUGGAUGCUUUGCCACCCACGUGGUCACUGACAUUUCCCUCCAGAUGGCGCUCUACUACUAUGUCCUGCAGCUGUAUACUGCGCUGAAACCAGUGGACUUGCCCCAUAUGUCUCCGCUGUAUGUGAAAGAUCCAGUGACAGUGAUGCAGAGUGUCACCAGCCUGGUAUGUGGCCAGAAGGAUUUUGAUUGGCCUGAUUACGUUGUUGCCUUGGUGACCAAGAUCAAACAUUACAAUGAAAUGCUUGAAGACUAUCGACAGGCUGAGAUUCUGAGGAAUCUUGGCAAAGGUAUCAACAUAGGAAGGUUUGUGGAGGACUCAGAGUACAAAGUGGAGACCAUACUUGGACUGGCAAUGAGCCUGGAGGAGGAUCUUUAUCAGAUAGCAGUGAGCCUGGCAGGCAGGAACUCUGUCCCCCUGUGGCAGGUGUAUGCAGCACAGCUGGAGACAAUCUUCUGUGAUUCCAGCUUGAGCCUAGAAGAACUGCAAGAGAGAGUGACCAAGUUACAGCUGAUAGAGAGCCUCAGCCUGCAGCCAGCUGCCUUCAGUGAGCACAUGGGGCUGCGAGUGUACCCAGAACUGGACGGAACUGACCAUGCCCGCAUGCUCUACUACUUCUCCACCCUGCUCAAGUGUGAGGGGCCACUCCAGGGGGGAAUAACUGCAGACGGGCAUGUCAAGCUGUUGAAGAAGCUGAAACCAGUUGCUGCAGGUUUGGACUACAAGCUGCUGUUGGCAAGUGCGGAUAAUGUGAUAGAUGUUCUCUCCCCUUGCAUAACCAUGUCCAAUGUGAACACAUUCGCCAAGUUGGCCAAACAGAUUCCAGAUGGGCGUGGGGGUAUGCUGGAUGCCAGUGUGGUGUACUGUACCUGGGCAGUGAAGUUCUUCUGGGAGGGAGAUGGCAAGAGGCAGCCUGACACCACUACUGCCUGGAUUCAUCGCUAUGAGGCAUGUGGGGAGUUCUUGCACAAGCUACAGGCUGACCACAUACCAACCUUCCUCCAGGCUAUCCUAUAUUCUAAAAAGCCAACGCAGCUGCUGGAGGUGGACUGCAGACAGGAGAUUGGCAGGCGAAUCCUCAAGUAUUGUCGUCAGCAAACCAGCAAGAAAAAGAUGCCAGACAAUGAGAAGACAUCCUGGGAAAGUGCUGUAUCUGUUGUCAAUGGUUACCUGGAGCACCUGACCACCCUUAGUGACCCCGUAAUCAUGGCAAUGAGGUCAUCUGACAACAGCAGAGUGCAGGAGUACUAUAACGUUUACAACUUGUCAAUGGGCAACACUGACCAGGUGAAGCAGUUGCUGUUGAGAGUCAUUCUGGAGGGCGAGAUGUCACUGGACCAGGUCCACAGCCUGGUCAGUGUGGGGCCUGGUCGCCAUGGGAACAUCAGGGUACUUGUACAGGAAGCUGUGGAACAUGUCCUACUCAGUUUGAGCAAAAAGGAUAGUUCAUUUAAGCCCCUAAACAUCGUGGAUCCUCUGAAAAGUCUGGAAAAUAUUGUGACAAAUGUGGAAAAGCAUGGGGAAGGACUGGUGACUGGAGAGCAGCUGAUGUCCCAGCUGCGACCUUUCUGUUCUGAUCCCACUGUCAAUGUGCAGCCACGACUUGAUGUCCUACACAUUCUUGAAAAGAGUUUCUCCCUCUCUGAAGAUGACCUUGUGUUGUUGACCUUGUAUAGAACCCAGGCUGUCAUCACAGAGGUCUGGCCUGACAUUCAGGUAGCGGAGGCAGAGAUCAGCACCCCAGUCUCCAGGGGGAGGUUAUUCUCCACCUUACUUGAGAAGAGCUCACAUUCUGAGUUGGGCAAACAAGAGUUCUUGGCCUUGGCUAAGCUCCUCAAACUGUGGCCAACAUUUGGAUAUAAAGAAAAUUCAGCAGACAACAUUUUAGCAGACGACAAAUUUCCCAGCAUUCAAAGGGUUAAAAAAAAAAGUGACUUCCUGUUCAGAGUUGGGACGGAGCAGCCCUGGGUUUCCCUGCUGAAGGCCAUGGUGUCCCACCGGUCUGGGGAGGUGCACACCCUGGUCCUUGAGGUGUUCAAGUCAAGUGGGAUGCAGCUGACUGCACAGGAGACAGAGGCCCUGUUCAAGGGUCUGGUCCGCCAUGCCUCCUACCUCACUGCAGUGAAGCUGGGCCUCCUAUCAGGGCAUGACAACCUGUACACAGCGGCUGUACAGACCCUGGCUGACACACCCACGCUCCACACGGAUGAUGAGCUUUUAGAGCAGCUAUUGAAACUUCAACUGGUUUCAAAGCUGAUCUCUACUCCACACUACCCAGCCAUUGUGCAAUACCUGCUGGCCAAUCAGCAUCCAGAGACAAAGUCACAUGAAGAGUCAUGUGAUCACCUCUCUAUUCAGCGAUUGGCUGGGCAGCUGAAAGAGGCUGGGUUUGAGGCUGAGGCAGGUAGUUUGAUGUUCCAAGUGAAAUCAACUCCUCAGGUUCUACAAACGUUUGGAAGUGCUUUAGGUGCAAUAUCCAAGUGGUUCAAAUGAUGAUGUAUCAAAUAUGAUUAUAUUUAUUGCGACAUCAGUAGGCUAAUACUGAUAGGCUAGACUUGUUUAAUGAUAUUUAAAUGAAUUUGUAGAAGAUAUACAUGUACUUGUAUAUUCUAACAUUGUUUAAAUAACUUGAGAGUUAUAAUGGUUUUGCAUAUGUGGCAGAAUGUGCAAAUAUUGUUGUUAGUAAUUCAUUUAUUAGCCUGGAAUAAAUUUAUUUAUAAAUGCUUUGUGGCAGUCAUGUUUGAAUAAAUGUGGAGAAGGUA